AUGGAAUCACUUAAAAAUUGCCGUCAAUACAGUUGGGAGGAAUUCGAUCAACUUGAUUUGAAUUCCAAAAACAAACUUUUUCAGGGCGACGUCCCGCAAGUGUUUCACACAUUGAAUGCCGAACAAUUCGAUCGUGAACUCUUGGAUCGGCUUUACAGCUUGACCAACAUUAUUCGCAGUAUUUCCAAGACUAAGAAUGGCGCAACAUACUUAGCCAACCGCCUUCGAGACAAGCGAGCAAUGCUUUACUUUGCACAGGCCUCGACCCGAACCUAUCUGAGCUUCAAGACAGCUUGUGAUAUCAUGGGGAUCAACUGUACAGAUGUUCGUGAUACUAGUACAAGUUCAGAAGUCAAGGGAGAAUCCUUUUCGGACACGAUUCGAACAUUCAGUUCGUACUUUGAUUUCGUUAUCAUGCGUCAUCCGGAAGAGAGCCAUGCAGAGAAGGCAGCAUGGGUAGUCAACUCGAGUGAUCGUCCCGUUCCCAUUCUCAACGCAGGAUCCGGAAAGGAUCAACAUCCUACACAAGCAUUGUUGGAUAUGUACACCUUGCGUCGUUCCUUUGAAAAGAAUGGCGGUAUGGACGGGAAAACCAUCAUGAUGGCUGGUGAUUUGAAUAGAGGAAGAACUGUUCGGAGUCUGUCCAAGCUGUUGUGUCUGUUUCCUGGAGUCAAAAUUAUUUUUAGUGCACCAGCAGGCUUUGGUAUGCGUGAUGAUGUGCUUCAGUUUUUGGACAAGGAAAAUGUCAAAUACAUUGUAACAGAAGAGUUCGUGCCUCAUCUGUCAAAAGCGGACGCAGUCUACAUGACCCGAAUCCAAGACGAACACGACAAAAACGACGGCACUACCUCCAAACGGUCGUAUGACGACUUUAGUCUCAAGUUUGAGCAUUUGUCGCUUCUCAAACCUUUCUGUGCAAUCUUGCAUCCAUUGCCAAGAAGGGACGAGCUCGACCCGAAGAUUGAUAACGAUCCACGUGCCAAGUAUUGGCGACAGGAGCGCAAUGGGAUGUGGACACGCGCUGCAUUGAUUGCAAUGACUGGGGGAGCAGAACCACAAAUUCAAAAUUACUGGAGGGAUCUCAGCCUUCAAGCCUCCCACACUGGUAUCAUUCAACUUCCAAAAGAAGAAGAUGGCAAGGAAUGGCGUCCUCUACAAAGAAUGAUGACGAAUGACCCUAGAAUGUAG